CCCCGAUAGGAAGUGUGGACACGAUACGCCGGUUACCCUCCAUGAUAUAUCGGGCAGAUGGAGCCAUCUACUAAAGUAUCAGCAGCUCAGAGCAAAUAUGAGACUGCUUACGGUGUGCUGAGAAAGAGGGCAGGGGUGUUUGGCAUGUGACUCCCCAAUCGUCUAGCUGAACCUCGUUCUCUCUCCACCUCGAGUUCCGUCUCGCGCAGUGUCACUGGCGACUACUUUCUGAACUCCAAGCUUGGACGCUGAUUUAGCCGAUUUCAAAAGCAUCCCAGAUACUCCGUAGUAGAUGCUCCAUUGGUGGACCUUGCUAGAUUCCUUCCAACUGUGCUACUACCCUGAUUCGUGGAAACACGAAGGCCCAGAUUGCCUCGGCGGAGAAAUUCCUCGAAUGCCAACCCCAGAUUUCCCCCGGACCAGGUCCGCGACGUCUCUUCGAGCCACCAGUCGGUUCUAGAGCCAGCAGCCCACCACUAAGAAAUGUGGAAGCUUGGAGACCGCUUGGGAGCAGGCUUGUGUGGGAGACCAUGGUCCCACCGGGAGAGUUCCCCAUGGGUGUCUCCUUGACUCGUUAUCGCUAUCUGGGGCCUCCGCUGGCGCGAUGGGGUGAGGGAGGCUAAUAUAUCGGCUGAAUCCUACUGCUGGGCUUUCUGGCCCCGUGCUUCCUCUUUUCUCCUAUAAAAACCGGCAGGGAAUCGCCAGGAACUUCAGAUCAGCCAGCCGCUCUCUUCAUCUGUCUUGGUCUUUCUGGGCUUGUCUGGGCAAAGAGUUAAGCAAACGGGCGCAUCCUUUUCCGUCCUGUCUUUGCUAGCCAAGCAGUCGAGUGCUGCGAACAAGCAUCAAUGGCGAUUAACUUCCUUGGCUCCAAGAGAGCCUACAACUGGUACAUUUCUCUUGUUGCGGCUGCAUGCAUGGUGCUCUACGGAUACGAUGCAUCUGUAUACAAUUCCGUGCAGGGCUCGGACAACUGGGUCGCCUACUUCAAUAACCCAGACGCAAACCUGAUCGGCGCAAUCAACACAUCGUAUACAGUGGGCGCCAUUUUCGGUGGCUUCUUCUUGGGUGGUCCCGUUGCAGACUUUCUGGGGCGUAAGUUCGGUAUGGGCAUUGGUUGCGUACUGGUUAUUGUAUCAACUUUUAUGCAAACCUUUGCCCCGCGACACAACAUCGGAUGCUUUAUUGCUGGACGAGUCAUCAUCGGUAUUGGUCAGGGUAUUGCCUUGACCGCGGGCCCUAUCUACAUUGGUGAACUGGCGCCACCUGAGAUUCGUGGAAAGAUCAUGACAUUCUGGCAAAUGUUCUACUCAGUCGGGUCUUUCAUUUGCUUCUGGGUGAACUACGGCUGCACUCAACACAGGGAGAAUCUGGGCGAGUGGGACUGGAAAAUGGUCGUCAUCUUCCAACUGCUUGUCCCAGUGCUCAUUCUAGCUCUGUUGCCGACUAUCCCCGGGAGUCCGCGGUGGUACGUCCAACGCGGUAACAACAUCGAGAAAGCCCGUGCCGCACUUGCGUCAGUGCGUGAGACUGACGAAGAGGUCGAGGAAGAGCUCCUUCGAAUCCGUGAGGCUCUUGAAUACGAAAAGGAGGCUAUCUCCAGCAACUAUUCUGCGCUGUGGAAGGACAAGUCGCUUCGCAAGCGCAUGGUCCUUGCCCUCAUCAUGAAUGCUGGUCAGCAGGUGACUGGCCAGGGAAGCCUGAACUCCUAUUCGACCAAGAUCUAUAAAAAAGUAUGGGACAAUGCCGGAAAAAUCGCCUUGAUCAAUGCUCUCAACGCGACAUUCGGCAUUCUCUUCACCCUCAACGCUGUGUGGAUUAUUGACCGCUUCGGCCGUAAAUUCCUCCUCAUUGUCGGAGGCAUCGGCAUGGGUAUUUGUAUGAUUAUCGUUGCAGCUGUUGAAACCGAAACACCAUCGGUCAAUGGCAUAAAGUCGCAAUCGGUCGGUAUAGCCAUUGUGUUCUUGCUGUUCCUAUUUAUAUUCUUCUAUAAGCCUUCUUGGGGUGCUACCGUGUGGAUUUGGACUUCGGAAGUCUUCUCAAUGAACGUUCGUGCGCAGGCCGUCGGCAUGGCGUCCCAGACCCAGAACGUCGCCAACACCAUUGUCCAGCAGUUUUUCCCGACCUUCCUGGACAACUGCGGCUUUUACGCGUUCUACAUGUUUGCCGGGAUUAACUUCCUUCUCGCGGUGUUUGUCUGGUUCUUCAUUCCUGAGACCAAGCAAGUUCCCCUGGAGGAAAUUGAUGCGCUGUUCGGUGGAGCCAACCACGUCACCCGUGGUGAAGAGCUCAUGACUUCUGAGAAGCAAGUGGUCACUCACAAGGAGUAGAGGUGUGACUUUCCACGUGUUAUGAUAGACAGGGGUUGUGGGAAGUUGGUGGGGGAGGAGUAACAGCCUUAUCCUAGUUAUCUGAUAGGAGCACUAUACCAGGCAAUUGACAAAUUAUAUAUCAUAUCUGCUCU